CUUCAAUCGCGAUUUCCCACAACCUGCUGAAAUUAACAUACCGACAAUCUUUUACCCAGGCGACGACAUGUUCAAAGAUAUUUGAACACACGAACUGCAGAUAACUCACUAAUUUAGGAAGAAAUUUCUUCGUAGUCUGUUGGAAAUACAUCUAGUGUGGACUUGAACAAAUCAAUAUCUGAAAGAAUAACUGGUAUUUGAUUUCAAUUAAAAAUUCUGAUUUUCGUUCAAAAACAACUUUAAACAAUGGUAGACUAUUAUAAAAUUCUCGACAUAUCGAGAAAUGCGACGGAAAGCGAAGUUAAAAAAGCCUAUAAAAAACUGGCGCUGAAGUGGCAUCCUGAUAAAAAUCCUGACAACUUGGAAGAAGCUAAUAAACGCUUUAGAGAGCUAUCCGAAGCAUACGAGGUUUUAUCCGAUGCACGUAAACGGAAAAUAUAUGAUGGGCGUGCAACCCUCAAUAAGGAAGGGUCAAACUAUAACUUCGCGAAUUCCACUGGAUAUACAAGUAGCAGCGGUUACAGAUAUAGAACUCGUGCAGAUCCUAAACGUAACCAUAACUUCAACUACAAUGAUGACGACUACAGUAGACAUGAAAAUAGUUCAACGAAACGUGGAAACCGUCAUCAGACCUUCACCUUCCGCAAUCUAUUUGAGUGGACACCAUUUCAUAAAUUAUUUGGUAAAAAUAGUACUUUCAAGGACUUUGCUACAUGCUUGUUUUCUGCUUAA